AUGCUGAAGUUAAUGAAUGUAGCAACCAUUUCUGAACGUACCUUCUAUCGCCUCACCAGCUCUUAUCUUAAUGCAGUUGUUAUACAGCAGUGGAAAGAGCAUCAACAAGAUCUGAUUAGUGAAUUCCUUGAGAAAAACGAUGAGUUAAUACUGGCAGGUGAUGGGCGCUGCGACUCCCCUGGGUACUCUGCCAACAGAGGGUCAACAGAGUUGUAGAUUUUCAGCUGGUUCAGGUUUGAAACUUUCCCAUGUAAUGGUUGAAAGCUUUAAAGCUAUGGGUUAGCAUUCCUAAUUGCAAAGAUGUUUAUCACCAUUUCUGCAAUAUUAGUAACAGUGAAAAUUAUCUUCUUCUGCAGAGUAAUGAGGUUAGAAAUAGUGCCUGGAUGGAGCAUGAAGAGUUGGUGAGGGCAGUAAAAGUACUUACGGAUUCAGGACUGAGUAUCGCUGAAUCAAUCACAGACAGGCACAAACAGAACACCGCCUGGAUUAAACUAAAUCUGCCGAGUACUACCCAUUACUUUGACAUAUGGCAUGUGUCUAAAGGUACAUGUACUAUGUGUUCUCAUUAAUUAUGCAUCUCAACAAAAACAGGUUGUGGUCCCUUGCCAAUAAGUUUUUGAAAGAGCUUGCAGUUAAUUUAUGGACUUUUAGAAUAUAUUUCUUUGGCCUACCCAGGCUUGUGCAAAAAGAUCGACAAGCUUGCCAAGAAAAAGGACUAUGACGAAGUUGGUGAGUGGUGCCAGUCCAUUUCCAAUCACAUGUAUUGGUGUGCAGCUUCGACACCUGAUGGAAAUGGUGAAGUCAUACAAGAAAAAUGGAAAAUACUACCAUUACACAUUCAAAACAUUCAUGUCAAUGCAGAGAGUGACCUAUACCCUGAAUGUGGGCGUGGCAACCUGCAAGGAGACGCAGCUGAUCGGCUUUGGCUGCGACCAGGUGCAGACACCAAU